AUGGCAGCAAAUACACAAAGACCGCUGACGUUUUUUACACUGGUAUGGCUGGUAUUGCUUUUGCAUCUUCAGCCAACGAUAGCGGAAUCCGAAGAGUACAAUCGACAACAUCAACACUCUGCGGCUGUUUCUAUUCCACAGGUGAAUAAAACAAAGAGUAAUAGCGAUAAAAAAGAACUUCAAGCCUUUCGAAAGAAAAACAAUCUUAUCAUUACUAAACUUAUUGUGAUUAGUCGACAUGGUCAUCGUGCCCCAAAUGCCCCUUAUUGGGAUAUGUGUCCGAAUGACAGGAAGAAUCGUCGCAAGUAUAAUGUAGAUGCGGAGGAUCUUACUGGACUUGGUAUGAAGGAAGUGUAUGAGUUUGGGGAAUAUGUACGGCAAACCUAUCAUCACUUUAUUGGCAAUCGUUUUAAUCGCAGUUUACACUUCUUCCGUGCGGUUGGUGAACCUCGCAUAUUACAAUCCGCUAUUGCGAUGUCGCAGGGACUUUUCCCGGAUGGAUAUGGUCCUGGUGGAUUUCUCCCCAGCCGACCGCAGUUUGUGCCGGUCUUUUCCGAUAUGGACACACAUGAGUAUUUACUGGAUAAUGUGCCCUGCUUUAGACGGGCAGAGGCGGAUGUGCAGCAUUGGAUUAACAGCAGUAUGGAUGCCUUUAUGCAGGAUGAGAAUGUGGUGGAGGUGGUAAAGUAUAUGAAGAAGGCAUGUGGAUUUGAAUCCGCCAAGGCAAAAGUAAAGAAACGUCCAUUAUAUGCUUUUAUUAAAACUGUAGCGGAUGGAAUGACAUUUAAUGCGGAUUAUGGAUUAAAUGUUUGUCGUGGACGAGUAACACCGGAGAUGCUUUUUCGGAUUCGUAAUAUAUCUCUACAACUCCUCAUGGCUCGAUUAUAUCACACAGAUGAACAACAAACGUACACCGCCGUGGAUCUCCCACAACGUCUACUGCGACUCCUACACCACAAACAUCCACCCAAACCACAGUAUUUAAAUGAUUUUGUGGAUACACGACAAGAGGCAACUUUUUAUUUUGUACAUCGAGAGGCAUUAUAUGCAUUGGCACAGUUCUUUGGAUUCUCUUACAAUCUUGCUGGGCUUCCACACGGAGAACUCCCAGUCGCUUCAUCCCUUAUAGUGGAAAAACUCGAACCAGGUGAAUACUUCAAUCAUAGGAAUAAAGAUCAUCCUGCUGUUACUACUAAUACCAUUGAGACUAAUGAUAGUGAUAGUGAUAGUGCAGAUGAUAAAAAACACGCUGUAAAGGCGUAUGUGAGAUUAUUGCUGUGGACACCAAACGAUGGCAGAAGUACGGUGGAGAUAUCGCGAUGUAAAAUACCGCAACUCUGCACAGUGGAAGAACUGGAACAAAUUUACACUGAACGUGUGAAUCGAACAGGGACGUGGGAAAAGUUGUGUAACUACACAUAUUUUGAACUUGAUCAUAACACUGACAUUCGUUAG